AUGUCUAUUCCUCCACCAACAACUUCAAGCAUCACACGCGAUUUGCGUCAUCUCUUUAGCUCGGUCACGCUGCGUCGCGCGAUGCUCAACCCGAAUCCAUGGCAGAGACGAGUGUGGAAACAGGAUCAUAUCAAAGUAGUACCAGACAAGGACAGAAUAAUGAAGUGGAACAUUGUCCCCGGAGAUUUUGUGCGACAAAUCCCGGACCGCUUCAACCAAAACGACAACCCGGAACGGUACGAGGUACUCAGCGUGGAUAAAUGGCAAAAUAAAGUCUACCUCAAAGGAACGCGGUAUAAAACAGAAGCGAAGGCGAAAUGGGUCCCGUAUUCAAAACUUCAGCUCUGGAUUGGAAACCUUUCACUUCAUGAAGACGGAGAGACUACUUCAGUCUACGCCACGCGCAUCGGCAGUACCAACCUGAAAUACAAUUAUAGAAAGAAGCGCUUCGAAUGGGUACGCUAUGCAGAGGCUACAAGCCCACCAAUGCCGUUUGCAGAGAAGCGGCGGAUUCCCUGGCCCAAGGAAAAGCAGCCUCCUUAUCGCGCAAAGCAGAACAAGUAUUAUGAUACCGAAGCAGACAAUGCGCUCGACAAGACGUGGUUGCCGUUUGUACCCCAGGGGAAAGUCUCGACGUUCAAUGAAGAGUCCUACAUCGGUGACUUGUUCACAAACAAAGACUUGCCAUCUCAGUGGCAGGCUAGCAUCCCAAUGGAACACAUCAUCGCCUCGGAGCUCACCAACCCUCAUUCCCGCGCUCGCAGACAGGAGAGAUGGCAAGAAAGGCUUGCGAUGCUUGAGCGCUCCAAGCAGGAAUAUGUCAAACUCGAACUGGCCGAUCUAAAGGGCAGAAGACGCCAGGAUGCCAAAGCAGACGGUGUAUUCCGAUGGAAGAUUGCCGUCAGAAAGUACAAGGCAAGAAGGAACUGGCAGAGAUGGGUGCGAAGAGGAGCAAAGGCAAAGAUGGAGAUGCGUAUCAAGAGGAGACACAGACGUUCUGCACGCAAAUUGCGACGACUCCGAAUGAUGAAGCUGAAAGAUGCCAAGAACCAGGUUAUUCCUUCAUAA